UGCCCCGCGCCGCCGCCCGCCCCCGCGGCUGCCCAAGAUGGCGGACCGGCGGCGGCAGCGCGCCUCGCAGGACAGCGAGGACGACUCGGACUCGGCCGCUUCCGACAGCGCCGACUCCGCCGCCAGCGCCGCCCGCUCCCGCUCGGGCUCCGGUUCCGGCUCCGGCUCGCCCCGCCCGCCGCACCGCCCGCCGCGGGGCGCCGCCGGGGCCCUCAGCGCUGGGCCGCGGAGCCGCGGGGCCGAGAGCGCUGCCGGGGGGGCGGCCAAGAGCGCGCCCGAGUCGGAGUGUGAAAGCGAGGAUGGCAUCGAAGGAGACGCUGUACUCUCAGAUUACGAAAGCGCAGAAGACUCAGAGGCAGAGGAAGAGGAUUACAGCGAGGAAGAAAGUGCCAAAGUGGAACUGAAGCAGGAUAGUAAUGAUUCCUGUGAGUCAGCGGCAAAAGCAGAGAAAGGGGAUGAGAAACCUGACUCCAAAGGCGCUGUAACUGGUGAGAGGCAAAGCGGGGACGGGCAGGAGAGCACUGAACCUGUUGAGAAUAAGGUUGGGAAAAAAGUCCCCAAGCACCUGGACGACGACGAGGAUCGGAAGAACCCGGCUUACAUCCCACGCAAAGGGCUCUUCUUUGAGCACGACCUCCGAGGGCAGACGCAGGAGGAGGAGGUCAGGCCGAAGGGUCGUCAGCGGAAGCUGUGGAAGGAUGAGGGCCGUUGGGAGCACGACAAAUUCCGGGAGGACGAGCAGGCCCCCAAGACCAGGCAGGAGCUGAUUGCGCUUUAUGGCUAUGACAUCAGGUCAGCUCACAACCCCGAUGACAUCAAGCCGAGGAGGAUGCGCAAACCCAGGUUUGGGAGUCCUCCUCAGCGAGACCCAAACUGGUCCAACGAGAGGCCAAAUAAACCCCCAAGGCACCAAGGUGCGGACAGCACUUCGGCUUCCCCGCGAACCUUCACCAGCAGGAGCUCCGCGGGCACAGGGAGGAUGCCCCCACCUAGGAACUACCCGAGGAUGGGGGGCUACAAAGAGACCCGUCCAAGCUACCGAGCUGCAGAUGCAAGUGUCCAGCAUCUGUCUCGAAACGGCGAGCAAGCUAAACAGGAGACCAGCUAUCGAGCAAAGCGUGCAGAGCAAACCCCACCGCGAGACAAAUCCCCCGAGAUGGAAGCGGCACAUGUCCACAGCAGCCCGGUGAAGGAGGAGGUUGCUUUGGAAAACCAAGCCACGGCUGCUGAUGCUGCACAGCCACCGCCGGACAGACCAAUUGAAAAGAAGUCUUAUUCCCGGGCCAGAAGGACCAGAAUCAAAGCUGGGGAUGCGGGGAAGCUGGCAGACGAAGUGCCCGCUUCGGAAGGGCUGACUCCUGUGCCUCCAAAACCUGUGCAAGCCGAGACAUCCCCCCCACCAGCCAAGAGCAGUAACUGGGAGUCGCCAGUAGAAUCCGGCUUGGAUGGACUCGAGCAAGAGAUGACUCAAAUGAAUCUCACUGAGCAGAACUGGACCCCGGGGCAGUCCCAGUUCGUACAGCCCCGGGAGCUGAGGGGUAUUCCUAACCAUAUGCACGUGGGAACCGGGCCACCGCCUCAGUUUAACAGGAUGGAGGAAAUGGCGGUGCAGGGGGGCCGCGUGAAACGCUACUCGUCACAACGGCAGAGACCGCCGGUGCCGGAGCCUGCUCCCCCCAUGCACAUCAGCAUCAUGGAAGGGCACUACUACGACCCACUACAAUUCCAGGGACCAAUCUACACCCACAGCGAGAACCCGGCCCCGCUGCCGCCCCAAGGGAUGAUCGUACAGCCAGAAAUGCACCUCCCUCAUCCAGGUUUACAUCCCCACCAGACGCCAGCCCCCAUGGCAAACCCUGGGCUGUACCCUCCGCCAGUCUCCAUGCCCCCGGGCCAGCCCCCGCCGCAGCAGCUGCUCGCCCCGACUUACUUCUCCCCUCCUGGAGUCAUGAAUUUUGGGAAUCCUGGCUACCCCUACCCGCCGGGAGCACUGCCCCCUCCGCCCCCUCCUCAUCUCUAUUCCAACACACAGGCCCAGUCCCAGGUGUACGGAGGGGUCACGUACUACAACACUGUCCAGCAGCAAGUGCAGCCCAAGCCUUCUCCGCCCCGAAGGACGUCCCAGCCGGUGACUAUCAAGCCACCACCUCCUGAGCUUCUCGUUGCAGGUGGUAAGCAGGGCUCCAGUUAAUUUGAAUUUCUAAAUACUUUAAAACUAAACCCACGUAAAAAGACAACAAAGGUGAAAAAUCAAAGGAGAGGAGCAACACGUAGGGAUGCGGCCGUGGGAAUCCCAACGCCAGACUCGGCACCUCGGCGAGGAGGAAGCUCCGUCUCGGGAAAGGCUCCUUCCCUGCGCGUAGGUGAGGCAGCGGGAUGAAAUCAGCUGCACCGUCUUGUGCUCGGGGCCGGGCACCUUCCCUCUCUGGUUUUACCGGUGCCCUCCCGAAAACCAUCUCGCCGCUGCUGAGCUGCCCUCCUUCCCCCUCCCUCGCUGGGGCACAGAGGUCACCAAAAAACCAAUCCCCAGAGUCGGUCCUUGGCCACAAGUUCUCGCAAUUUCUCUGUUUUACUAAACGUCUGCCCUUUUCCCUCUCUAGGGUGUUAAACUCGACUGGCUUGAUUGUGGUCUCUGUUUUUAUUUAAGAAAUGAACCAGCUCCUUCAGUAAAGCUGAUUUGUUUCUUUUGGGUAUUUCGAAUUUGUUUGUCUGGCUAACCGGGACGUAACAUCCCCUGCCCCCCGUGGAGACAGCUGAUAAGUUAAUUCUUCAUUUUAAUUCUCAUUUUAAAUUAGCAAGUUUAUUUCUGCCACUCUUUAAGGGUAGGAAGGGCAGCUGAGCGAUAGGAGUCUGUCAGGAACGCGCUGGCUGUGCAGCCACCACUUAAUUUAGAAGCUCCUCCCGUUUCUUUUUCCGAACAAACCCUGUUGGUAACUUGUGUCGUUGGCACUUUCUGUCCGUGUGUGUGUCCAAGCUCUCAACUCGCAUCAGAUGGGAAUCCCUGUGCAGGAGCACGGGGUGACCCCCUUCCCCGCUGCCGCAAGCACACCUUGCAGAGCCGGGGGGGGGGGAGUUUUCCACCGCCCCCCCCCUCCCUCCUGCACCUCUGCCAAACUGGCGGCAGAGAAGGGAGGUUUAUGGGCGUCCAGGCACCUCGACGCUGCCAGAACAGCCCUGCCAGCAGCCAAACCAGCUAGACGGGGCAAGCAGAGGAGGGAUUUGCUCCUAGCGCUUGGGUGUUGGUGCUGGGGAAGUGGAAGGGGUUGUUGUGACCCGCCCCGACGCAGCCAGCCUGCGCUCCCAGCCCCCGCGCCUGCCACCCCCCAAACCAGCCGUCCCCCGGGGACCUCGGCACCCUUGUUUCCCUCCCAUUAAGGACUGGGAGACGCAUCGGCCGGGACCGCGGCGCCGAGCGUGCCAAACCGGUGCAGCGGCCAGUCCGUCGUGUGUGUGUGUGUGUGUGUCCCCAGCCCCGUGGCGCAGCGCCGCGCCGCCGCUCUGCACCACGCAUCCCCCGCCGGUACCGCAGCGGCUCCGGCCUCCCAGGCACGCUGGGGCUUGGCCCGCGUCCUCGCGGCCGUUUGCAAAUUGCAUUAGGAAACUUGGCAGGGCGAGAGGCUGCCGAGUGCCGCCGCUCGCCCCGAGCACGUGCCGGGGCGGCGUGGGGCAGUGCCAGCUGCUGGCGCUGGCCGGGGACACACACACACACACACACACACACACACACACACACCCCCCUCACUGCUUGGCCUCCCCGUCCCCACCUGCGGCGAGGGAGGGGUGCCCAGCAGCCCACCUGCCCCGCUCUCUGGUCGAGAUCUUCUCAUGCAUGCCCGGCUCUCCAGCAGAAAUCCCUUCUUUGGUGUUUGUAACUCGAUGACCUUUUGUACCUAAUUUCAGAUGUCGAAGCGCCGUUUUUAAAAGCAGAAAUCCCUCACGUUUUCAAUGUAACUGUUUCUCUGCCUUAAGGCUGAAAUGUAUCGUUAACAUAUCGGUCGCAUGACGGAAAUCCUGGACCUUACAACACUG